AUGGCCAGGGCGGCGGAGCAGACGAUGUCUCCAUCAUCCGCUCACAGUCCUACCCCAGCCAUGCGGCUCCCGUCGCGCCCAUCCUGUCCCAACACGCAGUACCUCGCGCGGGUGGUGAUGCUCUCGGAGGAGGACCAUGGGGCGGUCGUCCUGCUGUACCACAUGGUGUUCCACCGCGCGCGCGCGGAGAUCUGGCGCGGCGACUGCGGCGGGUGGGCGAUCGACGACGUCAAGCUGCUUGUACACCUGAUUAAUGAGCACGAGGGCGAGGGCGAGGUGGACAAGUGGUGAUACAAGUCGAGGCGGGCCAGAUCGAGGUGAG